AUGUCCUGCAGUACAAAACCUCGGAACUUUUGGAUCAGCGACAGUCCUCAAGCGCGUUCACCCGAUAAUUGUCAUUCCACUGGCUCCGAAUUCAUACUUCAUCAAGAAGUGAACUCUUCUGGUCAUCUCCCGAGACUGCAAUUCCCACUCUGGUCUCCUGCAAAAGAUAUAUCCACUGAUGCUGAUCCCAAAGGCUAUGAUGGUAGUUGUGAGGGCGCUCAUAUUACUCCUUCUUUGGACCAUCAGAGGACCUCUAGUGAUAACAGGAUUCGGUCUUCAACUACUCAAGUUGGUGGUACACAUGCCCUCCCCGAUGGUGAUGUUGUAUCCACAAGAUCUUCACGUGAUUGGUCCGUGCCAAACCAAAGAGCACCACCUGUCGACACUAGUGACAACGAGCAAAGCCUCUUCCUGAAUCCCUUCCGCGAUGCCAGUGAUCACCAAUCCAGGAAAAGCUCUACAGCUUCGGGAUACAGCGCAUAUAUUCGACCUAACGCAUUUUCGGGACAUCGCGACACUUUUGCAAGGAUAUCACAUGCUCAAGUAUUCCCUAAAUGCGAUGAGAAUAGCGGUUCCGGAUCGGUCUCUAAUAAUGCAGCUCAGACCCGCCGUCACAGUGCCUAUGCCACUCUUCCUCAUGCUGUCCUUCAACUCACGUUAGGGUAUUUUUCGUUUUCCGAGUACAAGCUCCUGCGCCUGGUUUGUCGGCAGUGGUGUCAAGAUCUACCUCCGCCACACCUCCCUGCUUUCUAUCGCCUGCCACGUGAGCUUGUACAGCAAAUAUUGGGAUACCUCUUGCCUUGUGGCUUUGAUUCUGCACGUCACAUAUGCGCCUCAUGGUACUUUGCUAGUCAGGAUCGGAAGCUUCAAGAACAGAUGCUAAGGCUUGGUUGUUGCAAAUCUGCCUUUGAGGAAGACCUACGUCUACAAGCUUCGCCGGAGGGUUUUGUACCGCCCCGCUUGAAUCUACCUGAUGAUCAAAAUCAUGGGCAACCCGUGGAUUUCUCUCGCCUUUAUCAAGAAUGGAUAUGCGGAAGAAGGCUGGCCACCGAAAGCAGACUGUCGCCAGAUUGGCAUGGUCGAACUACUGCAGGUACAAGUUCCGCAAACAGGGUAUCUCUCAUAGAAGAGAUAGGCUUUUCCAAAAUCCUCGAGUCAGGCAAUGGUGAUGCAACUCAAUCCCAUUUCACCGUUUCUGCUUGCAGAAAGUUUGUUCUGGUCACUUCUGCUGGGUACAUUUCACUUUUUGGUCUUUCCAAUCGAGGCCAUACAAUCAAACCAAUUGUGAAGUUAGCUGCUGGUGUUCAAGUAUUAAAAGUCAGUAUGGACACGAGCUCCGGAAGAUAUGCAGUUGCAGCCCUGCUUUCAGGGCGCAAAGGCAUGCUGUGGGAAUUGGUCGAUAACAUGACACAAACUCGCUACCGCAAAAGCUCUGGGGAGCCGAUCAGUCUUGGAAUGCAAGCAGACGUUCAAAGUUCGGCUUCAAGCCCUGUGUCGAGAGAUAUUGCGCUGAACCUAUCCAUGCCGACCGCUGAUUUCCACUCGACAAGCGCCUUACAACUUGCCUUUGGGGACACAGCUCUCUCCAGUGAUUCCCCAUCACAACCUACGGUGCCAAUUCCACCCUCCUACUAUAAUGAGUCUUUAAGGCAAGCUGGCGCGGCAGACUGUGUUUCUGCAGCAGAAUUUCAAGGUGGAUCCCGCAGAUACAGCAUUCCUAUCGAGACAAAUGCCACCGCCUUAUAUACCAAUCUCGGAAGCCCAGAUGACGAACCAAGAAGUGUAUCUAUCUGUCCCAACCGCAAAUGCCUUGCCUUUGGAUGCCGCAUGGGCGUAGAGCUUCAUUGGGUAGAUGCUUUGACAGGGGGGGAUCUGAGUCGAUGGUUCCCUCUGGCUGCACCAAGUGAUUUCCUCUUCUUCCUUCCGGCAAGAGAAAAUAUCGAUCCGCGCAGAAAAUUAAGGCUCAUCUCGAGUGCAAUUGGUCCUGGAGCAGCAGCGCUGACCAGAAGCGACAGCACUUCCGGCAAGUGGAAAUACUGGCAAACAUCUUCUUUGCAAGGGCGGCGCCAGAGCAUGACAAGACUAUCCUUUGGCAACCUUCCAGUUCCAACAGCUGCAAUUUCGACCGGGCAACGGUCGAGUUCCUUGAUGCCAAUCCGCAGACAAAGUGGAGAGGUUCAAGGUGUGCUGCGUACUGUCGAUUGCGAUCAUUAUCGUGCGGUUCCUCUCAGCGAUGGGAAGCAUCUUCUAUUCACGGAUCCUCUGAACGGGCUUCUGUGUUUAGGGGUCGACGCUCCACUCGGGGGGCCGACAAAGCUCGUUCGUAAAGUGCUUUUUGCGCCGCCGCACGCAAUGGAUGAGGGGUGCGAACGAGCUCUUCCUCGCAGAUACACCGCUGGCCAAGACCUUCGAUGGGGUGUUCGUAUUGUGGCAGCACAGCAGGAUGGAACUAUUAUGCUUUACAACGUGCCACGCGAUCUACUUGAGCAUCUUCAGGAUCCCCGCAAAUCUUUCGAUCUAUGCGCUGAGAGCCAGGGUGUUAUCGGGCAAAGUGACCUGCCUAUAGAUACGCUGAUGGAACGUCAAGAUCCAAGUCCGACCCCUUCGAGUAAGAGUCAAACGUCACCUACAAGGCCAGUCCAGAUUCCAGGCGCUAGGCUGAUGCGGGUUGAAGAUGAUAUCAUCGAUGAUAUAGCUAUUGACACCAGCUUUGGGGGAUUUUUACUAUGGAUUUUCUGUAGGAGAGGGGUUGCACGGCUGUACAACAUCUAUGCUCCACGGCAUCAUCAAGUCAAAUUUCGAUAUGUCGGUGAGAACGGGCUUCUAUAUGAAAGCACAGGUGUGACCACGGAAGAAGAGGUGGCAGAAGAACAAUACCUAAAAGGCGAAGAAAAAGCCGAAGACAGGGGCCGUUUGCAAUCCCUUCACGUUACAUGGGCCUGA